UUGCACAUUUUUUGGAGAAGACAAAAUCACAGGAUCUUAAACCUCUUCAUAAAUUCUUGUUUGGAAAGAUGGUCAGAGAUCCUAGAGAGAACAAGAGAAACAUCAGGCAGUUCUCAGGAUUUGAGUUCAGUAAAGAAGAUCCUGAUUACACAAAGAGAGAAGCUCUCUUAGUCAAAUUCACAAUGGAAGGAAUAAAGGAGAUUUGCACCAUUCUUGAUGUGGAGAAGAAAGGAAACAAAGAUGUCAUUAUGGAAAGAAUAAUGGAAUUCUGUUUGAACCCUCAACCCUCCGGUAGAAAGUUACCAGAGAAAGGCAAGAAGAAGAGCAAGUCAAAAGGGACAAAGAAGAAGAAGACGAAAGCGAAGAAGCAGAAAGGUGAAGGAAAGAAAGGGGGCGGUGAUGCGUCCACGGAGACGGAAGAAGAUGGAGACACGACAAUGGAUGAUGGAACGGAAGGAGAUGCGGAAGGAGAAGAUGGUGAUACCAGUAUGACAGAAGGCGAAUCCAAGCCAAAGAAGAAGAAGAAGAAGCCCAAGACGACAACUCCCAAGACCCAGAAAGAAUCGGCUAAAACCAAGACCAAGUCACCGAAGAAGAUUGCUGUGAAGACACCAUCUAAGCAGACCAAGAAAUCAAGCCCUGUCAAAUCACCCAAGAAGGCACCACAGAAGACACCACAGAAGAGAAAUCAUGAUGUUGUUGAUGAUGACAGUUCCGAUGAGGAGCCCCUGAUGAAGAAAAUCAAGGCACCACCUUCAGAUAAGCAGAUCAAGGAGACUGUAAAGGAGAUCCUGGAAGGAGCCAACCUAGAGGAAGUGACGAUGAAGAUGGUUUGCAGAAAGGUCUAUGAUAUCUACCCACAACAUCCCUUACAACACAAGAAAGAUUUCAUUAAGUCCACAGUCCGAGAGAUUAUUUCAUGAUGAACAAUAGCUGCCUUUUAAAUAUUUGUGUCGCCUACUGGAAAUAGCCAUGGAAUGAUGUGAAGGAUGUUCGUCUAAUUCAACCAGGGGGGUGUUUCACAAAGCUUUUUUUCAAUGACAAAUGACAAAAGCCAGUGACACAUCUGCUGAUAACCAAUCAGAAGCAAGGAUUUCAGUAGCUUAUAACAAAAAUUGUCAUUUGUCACUGAUGACAAGUUUUGUGAAACACCCCCCAGGCAUCGGCCACCAAGUGAAUCCAUCGGAUUGCCCUCGUCAAGAAACUUGUGUGAUACAUACCAAGAGUCUGAUAUGGAACAAAACACCAGCUGAUUGCCAUUUUCUAAGAAUGUUGCUCAAUUUAUGUCCCAUUUAUGUACA